AUGAAGUUUUAUCGUAACUGUCCCAUUUUCCGAGGAAAGUGUCGUGCUCAAAAGAGUAUAAAAGUAAGAGGUGAUGACGAAGGGGGGCAUUUGUGGAAGUUAUGGGCAUCAGAAAGACAUGUCGAAACUGAAUUAAUGGACCAGGUGCAAGACACUACUAGGUGUACACUGGCUACCUCGCGAGACGUACAGGCAUCAUUAGAAGCUUUAUCACUAAGUGAUGUUGAUGUGGCUGAAUUUCACACGUUCGAACAAUCCUCUGUUGAAAAUUCAGAAAGAAGUUACUAUAGCAUCAACAAUGAAAACAAAGGCACUAGUUAUUCAGCAGCAAGUUUUUCUGGAUAUGGGGAUCCGGAGACAGAUGAACGUCCUCCAGACAAACAAACAGGAAUGAUUGAUGCCUCAAGAAAGCAAUUAGUUCAUGAAAGAAUCCCAUUCCAUUCCUCUGAAGCAAGACAGACGGAACAAUAUAAAGUGGAUACCAGAUGCACACAUGAAAAUUCAUCUCUGAUACAUUCCCAGCGUGUCAUUGCAAACAGGCGUCUUCGGUCUAAAGAAAGUCCAAUAUCAACUGGAACCUCUUUCAACACCAACUAUGCUUCGAGACGCUGUGAAUCUGACAUGCCAACACGGUCUCUUUCAGCACAAAAAGUAAUGGCAAGUGAAAUUGUUGCUGCUCGUAAGAAAACCGUUCACCUGAAACCAUUGGAUGUCGGAUUUGCUGAUGACCCUCGUGUACCUACAGAAUACGAUGGGGAGUCAUUAGGAAAACAAUUGGAUGGAUUUUGCACACAAUAUCCUACAAUGGCAUUACCUGGCCAUGAGUACUCAUUAAAGGUAUUUAAGUACGAAGAAGAAUAUUACUCAACAGACAGUUCCACACUGUGGAUCUUGCAAGUACUGGAAAGAUUUACAGGCAAUGCGAGAAUUACCGGAACACUAGUCCCAAGACCUCCACAUAUACCCAUUAAUGGAUUAUAUCAUUCCUUUAGAUCUACAAUCAGAUUAAGUGGGGGGAAAUGGAAACGCCUCUCUACAUUGAAUGAUUUGUCAACAAAGAGGACACUGGGGCUGUGCCUUUCUGAUAUAUUUUACACAAGAAAUGCUAUAUCAGAUACCUUCAAAGGACUGUCUAUCGCUAAAAGACUCGUUGAAGUAUUCACGGGCGGAACUCGGAACCAUGAGCUUAAUGUGAUGGAAUUUAAAAACCAGUACUACACCUUGGAAAAUAGAAAACUUUGGAUUUUAAAACAUGCCGAGAAAGCUUUGGAAAAUUUUAAUAUCACCGGGAAUGUAAAACUAUCUAUGGAUUAUUUAUUGUUUGAUAAUUUCACCACGAAGAAUAUCAGAAACGUCGAUAUCAAUUUGACACAUGAUAUGCAUACAGAUGAAGAAAGAUUUAUUCUACAAUAUAUUCUGAAUUCUUAGGUUAAAUAGCGAGUAAGAUUACACCCGAGUCCAUGGCCAGAUACAACUUGUGUACGACAAAAUGCAUUCUAUUAUAUUUAUAUCAAUUGUUGGAUUAUAAGAUUGCCGUAUUGUGAGUUGAUGGAAGGAUACUUCGAUAUACUUAUAGCGUUGUUGUGAUAUUGAGAAUUUAGGAUAAAGCAGAUCUACUUUGUGAACAAGUUUUAUACGCAGCAUGAGGACGAAUCUCGAUACUAUCGAUAUAACAAGCACUGCAGUGAGACUGGGAUUACUGCUUUACAUGUAACUUAUUCUAAUUGAACAGAUAUCAAACCAAUACAUACCUCCAAAGUACCUUCAUAUUUGACAGAGACAGUACUUAAGAUGCUGAAAGCUGGUGUUGCUGAAAUUACUUAGAUGUCUGACAAGACUGUCCUGUUGGUGAAUGAUGACUAAUUUCUCAGACGUUUUCCGUGUGUACCUGUUUAUCUAUCAUCAGUGUCGCACGUUUCUCCAUCGUCAACUUCCCAUAUCUAUGUAAUGGUAUUCCAAUUUCACCUGCAAAUGGUGUUUAUGUCUGUCGACCAACUGAUUCAAUAAGCAAGAUCUUUUUUGCGUAUGAUAAGUUUUUAAAUCGAAACAAACAACUUAAUUUUAAAGAGGUUUCAGUCCUCUCGUUUAAAGUCAGCAUUUUACAAAUUUUAUCGUCAUUAUAACGAUUUAGUUUGCCAAUACACCUUGUCAUUGCGUCAAAUGGUGUCUGACGUGUUACAUACCAAUUGUUAGGGCGUUCUUUGCACACUGAUUUUAAUUUCGUUUACCUGUUGCAUCCCUGGGCGCUAUGUAGUCUUAAGUAUUUGUUGAACUUUACAUAUGAAGCUUGUGACAUCUUUACGUGAGUGAAAAAUUCCGAAAUGGGAUGUAAGACAACACACAAAUGAAUAUAAAUGUAAAUAGCUUUAUUUAGUAGUAGUAUAUUACAGGGGUUCGUGUUUGCCCAACUAUCACAAUAACACAUGUUAAAGCACGUUUGAACAAGCUAAUAAUAAUUUAUUAAUAAUGAAUAGCAUGGCAACAGAAACUGAGUGUUACAGUACAUAGUCUUUGACAAACUGUCCAUAAUGUUGCAUAGUCAAAAACGAUUUUUAUAAAGAACUAUAUCAAUACAUUAUCUGGAUUGUGUAUACGAAACUACUCGUAUAUUUAUAACCCAUAUAUAAGCAUUAAGCUUAUAUAGGCGCUAUAUGCUGCCUAAUCCUUAUCAUGUUAUACAUAAUAGGAUACUCUUUAAAUCAAAAUAUAUCUAUCCUAAACGUAUUUUGCAAUUGUCAACCCCAGAAAAAUAUAUUGUCAGCAGGACCACUUUAACAUUGAUAUUUAAACCCAAUACUGACUAAACUACAGUGCAUAUGUACUUUACUAUAGAACCUUAAUCAGUUUGAGGCAUUCUGGUAAACUAUAAGAAUAUUUUUAACAUCUUCACAUGCAGCAACAAUCUAUUCUGUUAAACCCUAUCAAAGCUCUAUGUAGAUGUAGUCUGUAAAAUCAAUAAUCUAUUGGCAGAGAGCCAAAGUCACCACAUUCCUUGUGUAUCGUACCAUGACUAUUUCUUAUCUAUACACGCUUGUUUCACAGGAAGAUCUGCGCCUAUAUUGAAUCUCAUAAUCAUAUUAAAACUAAAAGCCAAUCAAAAUAGUAUUUGAUAAAUGACCAGAUUGAAAUCUUAUUCACUCAACGAUAUAUAAUGAUUUUGCGGAACAUUAUCAUAUCUGUUGAAUAUGUCAUAUACCAACGACAUUGCAAAUCUCUAUUGUGGCUUCUUAUCUCGCCUUUGAAUAUAUGCAAGCAUAAAUCUUUCUUUAUCUGUAUGUACAUGUACAUCAAUACUCCAAUUGAUUUUGACGUUUUCGACACCUUUCGUGGUAAAGCUAUGAAACAUUAUAUAAUCCAUUGAAAUUUUUACAUUUCCGGUGACACUUAAUUUUCCCAAAACUUUCUCAGCAUGUUUUAAAACCCACAGCUUCUCAUUUUCCAAAGUAUAGUAUUUGUUUUCAAAUUCCAUAACACUAAGCUCAUGUGCCCGAAUUCCGCCUGAGAAGAUUUCAACGAGUGCCUUGAUGAUAGAGCUCCCAUUCAAAGUGUCCUGAAUGGAACUUGUUGUGUAAAAUAUAUCAGAGAGAGACAGCUUUGGUUUUUCCUUUGUUGUUAACAUUUUCAAUGUGUUUAGACUUCUCCAUCUUGUCCCAUGUAGUCUUUCUGCUAACUUCAAGGAGUCACGCAGUCGAUAGCGUAAUAUGUUUGCAGGUAUCUGUAUUACUGAACCGGAAAUUCUUACACUAUUUAUGUAUCUUUGAAUUAUUUGCAUAAACCACAAUUUUGAUAUUUCCUCUGAAUAAUAUUGUCCCUGGUAUUCAAAUACAUCCAACGAAAGCUCAAUCCCGUCAAUGCAUAAUGUGUCAAAAAGUGGACACCAUUCAUCAAGUUUUCCCCCACAGGACUCCCCGUCGAAUGAUAUAUACACAGUAUUCUUAAUAGCGAAACCGAUAUCCAAUGGUUUCAGAUGGACAAUUGUUUUACAUCUUGCAAGACUUUCGCUUGAUAGUUUUUCUCGUGUCGAAGCAGAUCGUACUGAUCUUACAGUUUCAGAUUCACACGAUCUUGGAUCAUAAUUAGCCCUAAGAGGGGCUCCAGUUGCUGUCGAAAUAACGUGAGAUCUGGUACUUCUGUCCAGAAUUCUGCGCCUUGUUUGUUCCAUGGAUGAAUUUUCACUUGUGUAACUGUCAUCCAUUUCUUCACGAUUCACUUUUCUUUCACAUAAAUUUACUGGGCCUCUUCUGUAACUAACACUCACACCUGUAGCACUACUUUCAGUACUGGAUUUACCUAUGUAAUGGGCUUCUUUUCUGGGAUACAAGUGUUUAAAUGAUUCAGAUGUUGCAUUUGUCAAAUUACUACCAUAGCUCCGGUAGCCACUGGAAGAUACGUCUUUGUGUUGGGGUUCUGCUGUUGGCUCCAAGGCUUGACAAGAUUUCGUAUCUAAAUAUCCCCUGCUUCCACUGGCAGAGCUAUAGCUGCGGUAACUGCUUUGUGGACGUCCAAUAGAAGAACCUGCUGAAUCUUGAACUUCCGGUACAUCAUGAUCAUUUACAUAAAGCCCAUAUGAGGGCACUUCUUUCUUAAUUUUCCGUAUAUCCGUACUAGUAUCGUGCUUCUGGUCCACUGAUUUAGGUCCAGCACUUCCAUCUGAUGUCUCCUCUUCGUUGUCCCUUACUCUGAUGUUCGAUUGAACAUAACGCUUUUUCCAGUUUAUAGAAGACAUAGCCUUGGCUGCAAUUUUUUCACAUUGUCCUAACGAUUGGAGUUUUCAUAAAUAUCCAAAGUCGGCGUUUGUCAGGAGUCUCAUAUAAUUUCCCUUUCUUUGUGACACGUAUUGUUGGAAGAUCAUUUAUACUACAUUUUCCACAUAGAAUGUUAUCAAGAGUUUUUACAAUUAAUGUAUCGGCGUGGUCUUCUGUAACCUCAUACGAUUUGAAAUGGAGUCCUGGCUAAAAAUAUAUAUUUGAUGGUAAUAGCAAUGGUAUUGUGUUCAAAACGAAACUAGAUUUUUUCCAAGAAGUGGAUUUAUGCAUGCAUAAACAAGGGUACCUGAUUUCAGAAAAUGGUUUUCGAUCUAGAUCACAAAGGUAUUUAAUACGUUGUGCAUGGCUGUUUUUUUGUUGUUGUUUUUUUUACUUAUUCAGGGAAUUCAAAAGCACUACGUAUCGUAUAUCGGUAAAAGUAUGGGCGUUAGAAAUAAAAAUAAAUAAAUCGUAAAUAGAAGUGUUGAAUUGUCCAUUGUUUCAAAACACUUACAUGAGCUGAUGGGAAUUUGUACCAUCAAUGAUAUAAGUAUAAUGUAAAGGGUUGUUUAAAAAUCGUGACAUAAUAUCGCCAUCUUUGUUUCCAUACUGUGGGCAAAGUUUUCACAACUAGAUUACUAGUGGUAUUAUUUUGGACAUUAGUAUGAAUUUAUUUUCGGGCAUAUCAGAAAAAAAUGCAUUUUCUUGAUAUUAUUUCUGAAAUUAAUCUUUAAAAACAGAGAUUGUUUCGGUGACCCGGACAACCCACAGAAAACGUAAGAUUCCCCACCGGUUUUUAUCUUUAUCAUUUCACCCCUUCCCUAUUUAAUUUCCUGAAUGUAUUUGAUAACCGACAUAAUGUGCACACCAUAAACAAACGUGUCAGCUAUUUAUUAUCUGCCAUCGUUCUCUUUUUUCAAUCUAUUCCAUGUUGUGUCUGUGACUCUUUCUUUCAUAAUAUUACAUUUAAUCCUGCUAAUUCUUAGAGUAUCUUUGUAUUUGAUUUGUGACGCCUCAUCCACGAACUUUACAUGCUGUUUAGAGACACUCUUUUGAAUACAAUGAUUAAAACAUUGCUUUAGAUGCACCAUAUUGGUUGUAUACUGUUUAACGUUCCGCUCGUAAAUCUAUCACUCGUAAGGAGACGUCAAUAAUAACGGUGAAGGGCUGCAAAAUUUAGACCUACAUGUAUGCUGGGUGCAUACAGCCUUUGAACAGGGGGGAUCUUUAUUGUGCCACACCAACUGUGACACAGGACCUUGGUUUCUGGGGUCUCAUGCGAAGAACCACCCAAUUUAGCUGUCUCUUACGACAAGUAAGGGGUACUGAGGAUCUAUUCUAAACCGGAUCCCCACGGGAAGCACCAUGUUUGUAAAUAAGGAUCAGAAAACUGUCUAACAAUUUUGUCAGAAACUGUCAAACUAGGAACUCUUCCAAAGGAGGUAGAAACAUUUGUUUAUAACAAGUAACUGUAAGUACAAUUGUGGUAGAGCAUCCUUACCCGUCUGGAAUGAUAAAAUGUUUAAUUUAUAUUACUACAUGUGUUCAGUGUUUUUAAUUUUACGAUAAAUAAUAUCAGCUUAAUAUGUGCAAUAAAUACACAAACAGGUUUCCAUAGUUGGUAUUGAACAACUUUUAAUAUUUGAGUAUUUCCCUUAUGGCCAGCUAUAGUUUAGGUUGGUUACGGAUUGUUUUUCAUGGUUCAUCGGUUCGUUUCUUAAUUAUUGGUCACAUGAAAGUUCUUGGUCAGUGUAAGAUUCAGUUUGAAUUUAGAAAUUGAAUUGGGCAGUUGUGUCAUACUUUAGUUGAAAACUUUGGACAUUUGGACUUACAGACUACAAUCUACUAAUCGGAUAUACACCAGAUCUACACAUUACUAUAGAUCCAUCCGGAUUCUAAUACCACAUAUUUGGUAAGAGUGUGUUAUGUAUUGUUUAGGUGGUGUUUGAUAUGUUUGUCUUACCAUUAUAUGCUCUGGAUAGGUUCUUAGUUUAAAUGCAGAAUAUUAAGUAAAUUUGAUUAAUUAUGAUUUUAUAUUAAUGAUGUGAUCUGAUGAAGAAAAGACAAUUCUAUUUAUGUGAUUAAUGAAGAUUAAUAUGGAAUUAUUUCUUUGUCAUGUCUGCCCGUGAUUUUAUGUCGUGUCAUAUGUAAUGUGUGCAUGUUUAAUAUUUGUUAUUACUUGUUGUAGAAUCUUUUGGAUGAUAUUUAUCGGAUAACAUUUGGAUGAUCUGUGAAUUAUGUUAUUCUGAGCGAUUGUGAUAAAUAAACCUUGUGACCGGUAUACUUGUUUGAGUUAUCACCCGGUAACACAAUCAUUUUCUGAAAUCAAUAAUCUACGUGUAUACAUGUCUAUACCCACUUCUCGGGAAACCCUGCUUUCGGUUUCAUUUUAUACAAGAUUUUUUCAUGCAAGACAUAUAUUGGAUUAGCUAGUAUGAAUUUGUUUCGUUUUCAUUCAUAGAUAGAAACUUAUAGAUUGUGAUAGACUAAAGUAUGGAAUUUUUAUUAGCACCGUCAGAUAUAUAUUUCAGUCAAGACUCCAUUUCAAAUCGCUUUGGAGUUUCCACACGUCAUUAUAAUAAAUCAAUUGGAGAGACUCUCGACGAUAUUUUACGUGGACAAUGUAGCAUAAAUGAUAUUCCAACCAUCAGCGUCGUCAGUAAAAGAAAUGUAUGGGUAACUGCUGACAACCGCCGACUUUGGAUAUUUAAGAAACUGCAAACAUUAGGAAAAUGUGAGAAAAUUACAGUCAAGGCUACGUCUUAUAUAAACCCGAAAAAGUGUUGUGUUCAACCAAAUAUCAGAGUAAGAGGCUACGAAGGGGGGUAUUUGUGGAGGUCCUGGGCAUCAGAAACGCAUGUUGGAACUAGAUUGAUGGAACAAAUGCAAGAUACUACUAGGUGUACACAGACUGUCUCGAGAGAAGUGCAGGCAUCAUUACACAGUUUCUCACUAAGUGGUAUUGAUGUGCCUGGAUUUCAAACGGUGGCACAAUUUUCCGUUCAAAAUUCUGCAAGGAGUUACCACAGCAUUCAUAAUGAAAACAAAAGCUUUAAAUAUUCAGCAGCGACAUUUUCGAAACUUGAUGAUCCAGAGAACGAUAUAUGUCAUCAGGACAAACAAACAGGGACGAGGGCUGAUUCAAGAAAUGACAUGGUUUACGAAAGACCUGCACACCAUACUUCUCCAAGACAACAAGCGAGACUGAACGAUAUGGAUACCGUAUACACAAGUGAAAUGUUUACUCUAACACAUCCAAGGUACACCAUUCCAGACAGUAAUCAUCUUUGUAAAGAAAGCUCGAUAACAAAUGAAGCCCUUCCCAACACCAGCUAUGUUGAUGACCGUGAAAAAAUCGUUCACCUGAAACCAUUGGAUGUUGGAUUUGCUGAUGACCCUCUUCUCACACCAUACGAUGGGGAGUCACUAGGAAAACAAUUGGAUGAAUUAUGCACACAGUAUCCUACAAUGACAUUACCUGGCCAUGAGUACUCAUUAAAUGUAUUUAAGUACCAAGAAAAAUAUUACUCAACAGACAGUUCCACACUGUGGAUCUUACAAGUACUGGAAAGAUUUACAGGCAAUGCGAGAAUUACCGGAACACUAGUCCCGAGACCUCCACACGUUUCCAUUUCAAAUGGACUACAUAAUUCAUUUAGAUCUAUAAACAGAAUAAAUGGGGGGAAAUGGAAAAGCAUCAUUACAUUAAAUAGAUUGCCACAAAAAGGACGCGAAAUAUACUGCUUUCUGAUAUAUUUUACACAACAAAGGUUAUACCAGAUACAUUCAAAGGACUGUCCAUUGCUAGGAGACUUGUUGAAGUAUUCACAGCCGGAUCUCAGGAUUAUGAGCUUAAUGUGAUGGAAUUUGAAAACCAAUACUACACUUUGGAAAAUAAAAAGCUGUGGAUUCUAAAACAUGCCGAGAAAGCUUUGGAAAAUUUAAAUAUCACCGGGAAUGUAAAACUGUCAAUGGAUCAUAUAAUGUUUCAAAACUUUACCACUAAAGGUAUUACAACCGUCAAUAUCAAUUUAACACAUGGCCUGCAUACAGAGGAAGAGAGGUUUAUGCUUGAAUAUAUUGAUUGCUCAGAUAACGAGUCACGGUAUUUAACACAAUAGUCUGUAUACAACUCGUAUAUGGCGGAAAAUAUUUAAACACGUACAUUUCAAUUCCUGAAUAGAUAAGAUUUCCUUGUUAUUAUUGAGGGAAUGAUACAUGUAUUUUUAAAUGCUUAUAUUGAUUUAUAAUAAGACAGUCUCGUUUAACGGAAUCAUUUUGCAAAUCUUAUGAUCGUAAUAACGAUCUAAUUUGAUGAUCAAUAUAAACUGUCAUUGGGCCAAAUGCUGUCUGAUAUAUUUUAUACCAGUUCGUUGGCCGUUUUUGACACAUUGAUUCAUUGAUUAUACUCUUUACCUGAUCGACAUACAGGGCUCACGGUGGGUGUGACUGGUUGGCAGGGGAUGCUUACUCCUUAUAGUAAUUCCUUGGUUGGCGUUCAUCCCUCGCUGUGCUAGGGCAUGUGGCGCAAUUUUUGGACGCUUCCAAAGAUUAACUCAUUUAUAUAUAUAUUGUAUGCAUGUUACAUGUACUCUAUAACUUGUAUUUGUACUUUCGCUACAUGUAAUUUUCUAGUCUUUUUCAAAGGGGGAUCACUCUUUACCUGACACCUAUGGACAUGUUUCAGCAGGUAUUGUUUAUUCAAGUGAUCCCCCUUAAUGGUUUGUUAUACAUUUUACUUAACAAUUCACCUUAUGUUAUUCAAUAAAUGACAUACAUGUAUUUGACAAAACUGCA